AUGCCCAAUUCGCUUAUUGAUUCAUAUGCUAAGUGUGGAAGUGUUGGGCUUGAUGCGGCGAUGAGGUUAUUUUUUAUCGUAAGGGAAAGGGAUGUUGUGACUUGGAAUUCUAUGAUUGGUGAGUUGGUUAAAGAUGGUGAAUUGGAGAGUGCUUGUACGCUUUUUGAUGAAAUGCUUAUAAGGAAUUUGGUUAGUUGGAACACGAUGAUCGAUGGGUAUGCUAAGGCGAGGGAGAUGAAGAAAGCGUUUGAGUUGUUUGAAAGAAUGCCUGAGAAGAAUGAUAUCUCGUGGUCUAUGAUGGUUUGUGGGUAUAGUAAGGCUGAGGAUAUGAGUGAGAUGAUGAUAAUUGCAAAACUAGCAUCAGCAGAGAGAUUGAAUCUUUCAGAGAAAAAUCCAUCCACCAAGGUACUAGAUAAGGGAAAGGGUAGGAGUGGGGGAAGGGAAAGGAGUGAGGGUGGGGGAAAGGGUGCUAGAAGGGGGGGGCAUUCUCGUUGUAGCGAGAAGGCCCUGGGCGAGUUGGGUGAUUCUGUUGUGUUCUCGCUGUAG